UAACCCUUUCUAAUAUCAUCUUCUCUUGUUAUAUUCAAACAUCUUCCUCCUCAUCAUCAUCAUCAUAAUCAGCAGCAGCAUUUUUAACUUGGCAUUUGUGUUUUAUUAAUUCAAGACAACCCCACAGAAGAAGAAGAAGAGGCAACCAAGAAAACUCAAACACUAGUUUCUUGCAGCAACUCAGGAGAGAUGAACACCCGUAGAGUUUUUCAUUGCACAAUUUUCCUCCUCCUCCUGGGUCUCUCUUAUUCAGGUGCAAGUAAAACAGAGAAGAAUCAUGAAGGAAAAGCACAUAUACAAAUCUCUUCUCAUAGAAAACUCGUCGAAAAUGAAAGAAAUGUAGUGUUGAGUAGAACAAUAAGGGAUCAAACUACAGUCCCUGUGAUUAAUCCCAUUAACUCACCCACAGUAACACCUAUUACAGGCCCAUUUGUAUCUCCACCUACAUCAACCUUGACCCCUCUUACUCCAAUUUUUCCUCUCCAACCCCCACCAACUAUAACACCUCCAACCCCGUUUUUACUUUUGCCACCACCAACUACCAUAACUGAUCCCACGAUUUCUCCCCCAUUUCCCCCCUCAGGUGGUGGAGGUGGCGGCGGCGGCACCGUUGGUGGUGGUGAUGGCGGUUUUGGUGAUGGAGGUGCCGGUGGUAGAGGAGGUGGCGGUGGUAAUGGAGGUGGUUUUGGUGGUGGAAAUGGAGGUGGCGGUGGUGGUUCAGGAACAUGGUGUGUUGCAAGUCAAUCAGCUUCACAGACGGCUUUGCAGGUCGCUCUUGAUUAUGCUUGUGGAUUCGGUGGUGCAGAUUGUUCGAAAAUUCAACAAGGAGGAAGUUGUUACAACCCAAAUACACUUCGGGAUCACGCAUCUUUUGCAUUUAAUAGCUACUACCAGAAGAAUCCUGCGCCAACUAGCUGCAGUUUUGGAGGGACUGCCAUGACAACCACUACAGACCCAAGUUCUGGGACAUGCAAAUUUCCAUCAUCUAGCUCCAGUCCAUCCAUCGUCAACACUCCGACCCCUCCUGGACCAACCCCAACCGUUCCAACAGGCGGCUUUGGAACAGAUCUAACUCCACCAGUUGGAUUUGGAUCAGAUCCGACCGGAUCAACAGGUUUUGGAUUAGAACCUCCUGGAUCAUCAUCAGAUAACAACUCUGCCGCAACCUCAACGUCACAUAGCUACGGUCACUUUGCUUUGAUGUACCUUCCUCUGUCAUUAUUCUUCAUAAUGAAUCUCUGAAGACAGAAAAUUUGUUGUUGCCUUUUGUUACCUCACUACAUUUGAAUGACGACUCCUUUUAUAACAAAAUAUAAGAUGAAGAAGUCUAAGAGAAGCAACGACAAAAAAAAUAUCAUCUUCUCCUGCAGAAACAACUUGUGAAAAAUCUAUGGCAUUCUUGAACUUAAUCCUUGGAAUGCAAUAGAGUGGAGGCCGCCAAUGGAUGAAGAGGAUAUAAUACACUAUUAGGAAGGAUAAAAGCCCAUUUAAUAUGGGCCUUAGAUAGUUUUUUUUUUUUAUAUAGUUCUAUAUGUUAAUGUAAAGGUAAAUAUUUAUAAAUAGUUAGUUAUUUUCUAUGUAUUGUCUUUAUGAGAAAAGGUCGUGGAAGUCUAAAAUUAUUGGUCAAUAGUUCGGUCA